GCUACUGUAAAAUGCCUUAUGAAUAUAACAAGUUAGAAUACUCAACCCCAGUAUAUUACUAUAUCAUAUUUAAAAAUUAAAAAUGAUAGCCAACAUUUGUGCAUUUUUGCUAUAUUGUUUUGCUAUAACGUCAAAUAUAAAAACAACCGAAUCGGCAGGUAACCAGGUUACUCCUGUACAAUUUUUUUAUCCGUUAUGUACUGGAUGGUAUGUGAAUACCGUAGAUCGCUUGAAAACUUACAGCAAACACCCAGUCGCUAUUAAAACUGCAGAACAAAAUAUUCUCAGCGGAUCUUGUGAUAACUACAAAGGUAUAAAAUUAAAAACGAAAAUUCGGGCGAAAUUAGAGACAAAAGUUCAAGACAUCAAAUGCAGUUUUUGUGCGAUUGCAAAAACAAACAUAUUGUUCUUGACAAUCGUGGUUGAUCGUUUAAGGAGUGGAGAGCCUUAUAUUGUCGACGGGGAUAUCGUCGAACGUCUUAAAGAGGAAGCCGGAAUCGUAGUUCACUUAUUGCUGUUUGGAAAUAUGGAGACGGACAAAUGGCUUUGGAUGUACUACUUGAAAAUCAUUGCCCUCAGCCGAUACGACGAAAACAAACGUUUCAUCCGGGAAAACCCAUUCGAAGACGACCAACUGCAAACGGGCGUUUCGGAUUUCAUCGAAUAUUGUAAGGCCGAGAAAUACCUCCCUUCGGCCAAAACAACAGUGGACUAUGUUUUGAAAAAUCCCAAAGUAUACAAAAACAUGUUCAGCGUUCUACGCACUUCCGAAUCGAUUAUCGGUAUUUUACUGGACCGUGAUUUUUUCUCGAUAGAUUUUCUAUAUCUUAAACCGUUUUGGGAAGAUAAACGAUUGUUGUUCGGACAAAUCACCGGAGCCCGCGUCGAUUGGAGUCAGGCGAAACACAGGUUCGAGCUCGAGGUGGCCGUGACCAGAGAAUUUGUGAAAAACCGCACUUGGAUAUACGAACCGUACGGUCGCCUCGACCACCAACUGUUGUUGGUGAAAAUUAUCGAUGCCAGGAUCUUCUGCCACGUGUCGGUUAUACUGCAAUUAUACGAAAAACAAUUAUCCAUGCUCGACGAACAGACGCUGACACACAUCCGAGAACUUAUCAACAACGUUCUGCUGGAAGUGGUGAAGUUUUUGUCGUUCAAAGACGAUUUUCUACUGAAUAUCUUAUCGGAAUUCAUGUACGCACAAGUAAAAGACGAGAACCACAUAACAGACAUUUCGGCAAGAGUUUUAACAAAAGCCAACGAUAGCUUAAACGAUUUGAACGGUGACGAAAAGGUCGAAAUCGAUUGGAUCGGUUUCAGUCAACGCCAACUGUCCACCGACGUUUUCAUGAUAAAAGUCAUUAACGAACUCGACGAUUAUUUGAAUGAUUUUGCCAGCUUUGUGCGGUUCGAAUAUAAAGUGUUUUUACAUUUUAUAGGUGUAGUCAAGCCAAAAACACACUAUUGAUUUCAUACUGGUUUUACUUUGGAAACAUUUUUUUUAAUUAGUAUAUUUACAUUGUAACAUUAGAAAACUU